CAAGGUGGGGUCGGUCCUGGAAACUGCUGCUCUCCAGAGCAUUUUUCAGGAUGGCCUGGAGGACCCCGACCCCAUGGUGCGGGUCACCAGUCUCCAGGCCCUCAACAGUCAAGCAUUGAAUCCCAAAAAGGGGCCACUGCUCCAGGCCCAGCUUCCGGCCCUCCUGGAGGGGCUGUAUCAUGAAGAAGAGGAGUCCCUCUUGGCAGCCAUGGCCACAGUAACCAGGGUGGCCCGCAGCCUGGGGCAGAAGGGUCUGGAGACUUUCCGCCCAGAUAUCGCUUUAACGUUGGGCCCCUACAUCAACGACGAGAGAGCUCGAGUGCGUGCUUCCGCCUUGGAGAUGCUCUCCGCCGUGGCCCAUGGCGGGGUCGGGGAGAAGCAAACUGGCCUCCGGCAGGAGUUGAUCCGUCAUAUCCUGCCCGUCCUCGUCCAUAUGAGGGAUGAGGACGCCGCCGUACGGAAAGUAAGUCACUCUCUGACUGUAGUCCCUGCCUUGCCCCGGCCCCUCCCUUUCUCUCCAUCUCCUGCUACCUGGCCUCUCCAUCUCGCUGACUGGCAUCUGGCCCUAUUUCUCCAGAAAGCCAGAGCGACGUUUUUUUGCCUGGCCCACAGCCUGGGAUGGAAGGAAAUUAAAUCUGUGAGCCGGAAACUGAUGGGGGAGCAAGGAUUGCGUGUGGCUUCCUACUCCAUCUGGUCGUAUAUGAUGAAGACCCCAAAGGACAGUCGCCAGAUUUUCAUGUCUCAGGCUCUGGACUACACCAACAGCCCCCAGCCAGGGGUGCGAGCGGCUGCUGUACUCUUCCUCGCACACACCACCUACUACAGUAGGGGAGAGGCGUGGCUCUCGGCGGACGUCCUCCACUUCCUCUCUCAGACAUUUCAACGUUUGAGAACAGACCUCUAGGCCUGGAUUGGCCACUUCUGGAAGAUCAGCUGCUUCUAGAAGAAGAGGAGCCAGGGCUGAAGGGUGCCAACCUGAGGGAGAGGCGAAGAGGAUCGGGAAGAGGCGGUGGCGGGACCAAUAUCGGUGCCAGGCUGUUCCUUGGACUUGUGGCACCUGGAAUGGCAGGGGCUUCUGAAGGAUGCAUCCACGUGGUCCUUAGUGUCACAUAUGGGUCCUCAUCACCCAGGAGUACUUGGAGGUCAUGACCAUGUUCCUCUUCCAGUCCUUUUUGGCUCUCUUUACUCAGAACAACUAUGUACAGGAGCUGGGCCUGGCAGUGGGCCAGGAGUAGGCCGGAGAGCCCAGCAUGCCCUCAGCCUGUGGAG